CGUUGAUUUUAUUUUCGUUGUCAUUAAAAAAAAGCAAUAUACAUGCGUUAAUUGAAGUGAGGCCAAAAAGGCCUAACACACCUCUAACGUUUGUCCUUUAUUUACAGUGCACCCGUAGAGAAAGGCUCUCCUGAUAUCAGGACAUCAGUCGCUUGCGGAAGUGCUCAUGUUUUGCUGCCAGAUGACAGAGCAAGCAUACAGCUGUGGUGACAGAUCAUGCCACCUAAAGAUCCUCUUCUAGAGACCCUCAAAGUGUGCAUCCUGAACUUCAGCCAAUUCGGGACCCCAGUAACGGACUCCUGUCCCCAUCUCUCUUCGUGCUGUGAACUAUUAGAGCUUAUACUUCGGAAAGGAUUACAGCAACCGUUGUUGAGUUUGGUUGAGAGAGACUACUGGCAUAGCCUGGAGCAGCUCCAUCAGAAUGACACCUGUGGCAGGCUUGGCUCCGUAUCACUGGCAGUGGAUCAAACCACCAACUGUAAGAAGCUGCUGACAGCUCAGGGGCGAGGUCGUUAUUUCCUAAGGCUCGCACUGAACCGUAGGAUUCUGGGAAAUGUAGUCAAACACAUGUUGCACACACCCAAAGUCCUAGAGUUUUACAGCACUACAAUAUCUAUUCUGAAAAAUGAGGAGUUUUUGGAGCCCUUCGUGUCCCUGAUGCUGGUCAUCUCAGAAAUGGAGUUCAAGCUCUGCAUUGAGAACUGCAGUUUCCUGGAUGAGAGCUGGCUUCUACCAGUGCGUGAGCUGUAUGAGGCUGUCCCGUGUCGAGAGCUGGGGAUGGUGUUAAGGUACUUGAAUGGCCGUGUGUAUGUGCUGGACCUGCUCCAGGGCAGCCAGGCAGAAGUGGACCGAUUUGUGCAGCUCGGCGACAUCAUAGAUGAAAUUAAUGGGACCUCACUCAGGAACGCCAGUAAUGGACAGGCAGGUACGAUUCUGUCCCGGCUGAAGGGGCAGCCCCUCUCCCUGCAUGUGCUACGGUGCAGGGACCCCGACGGGGGCGUGUACCGGCCCCUGGUGAGGCCCGUGCGCCUCCUCCAGCUGGAGAACCCCACACUAUGCCUGGGGUCCACGGACCCAGCCCAGCGGUCCAGCACCACCCAGCGCAAACAAGACCAGUCGCAGUGUCUCCGAGAAGGCAGGCAAGAAAUCCACCACCUUCUGUUUUAAUUUUUAUUUAUUUUUUGCUGUUCGAAUCUCUCUUAUCUAAUCAGCUAGCGGCUGUGUGCAGGGCGGGUAUUUAAUCAGACCUCUAUGAAGUAGCGACAAGCUUUGUUGCAUGUGUGUAUGAGAUUAUUGAUUAGCAGGGCGGGUCUUUAAUCAGACCUCUGUGAAGUGGCGACAAGCUUUGUUGCAUGUGUGUGUGAGAUUAUUGAUUAGCCUACACACCUGAAACACACACACGAACCCUGCCUGGCAUGUUGACUCUCGAACUCCUCUCUUCAGCAGGAUUGUGUACAUUGUGCAGUUCUUGGGAAAGGCAAACAUUGGAAUGUACGGAGGCAAGGAGGUGUUACAGUACGGAAUCCCCUUUGUCCUGGAGAGGAGUGACUCUCGGAAGGAGGUCCUCCUGGAUCUAAAAGAAACCCACUUGACGUGUACAGAAAAAUCCACCAAGCUUGAGCUGUUCCGGCACCACUACCCUGAGAUAUCCUGCGUCGGGAGAUUCAGCCGUCCAGACUACAGGAUCUUUGCUCUCUGUGUGGCGGACGCUCCAGACACCCCCAUGUCUACAGGCUUCUGCUGUGUGGUGCUGCAGGCUGCCACAGCCCAGGAGUGUGAGGACAUCGUCAGCCGCGUAGCUGCUGGAUUCAAGCACACAGAAUGGUCUGUAUGAGGUGCACCACCAGCUGAAGACCCAACUACUCCAAUGUUGCCCAUGUAUAGUGAUCUUUCAAAUUAAAGUACCCUAAAUGAGA